AUGACGAUCUGCACAAAGCGUCAGUUUGUGUCGAACAUGCUUUGGCGGCUCUCCGGAUUUCUGAUAUUAGGCGUUUUCGUCGCCAUUUGUUCUUGCGAGCCUGUAAACAGAAAGCUUUUAUUAAAAACUUCGGAGAUAAUCGAGUGUAUCGACGAUGAAAAUAAUAUGUGUGAAACAAAUGAAGCGUUUAAAACUUUCUCGUCUAAUCGUGAAAAUAAAACACGAAUUAGCAGAGAAAUUAAGCAAAAAUUCCCUCCUGAUGACAAUAACGUAGCUGAAGUUUCUGCUCGGAAGAAAUAUAAUAAAAAAGGCGGCGGGGGAAUGUUAAUAUAUUUGGUUGCAGCUAUGAAAGCAGCAUUGAUUUACGCAAUGUUACAUGGAGUUGCAGCUCUCGCAGGAAAAGCAAUAUUGAUUGCCAAAGUAGCUUUAGCAAUUGCUAUAGCUGCAAUUCUAAAAAAGAAUGAUCAUGAAAGUGUUUCUUAUGAAAUAGUGAAACAUCCGCAUACUAGCUAUAUACAAACUCAUAGUUCAAGCGUUGAUUACGAUCACCGUAGUGAUUACGGAGAUGAACGUAGUGAUUAUGUCUAUGAAUUUCGAAAGCGGCGGAUUCCUGGAUGA